AUGCCGAACGGCGUCCCACCACUUAAGCCGCCGCCCCCGUUAAUUCUCGAUCGGUUCAGGGGCAUGUUGAAGGAGAGAGAAGCAGAACUUAGUGUCUUUAAUAAUGGGGGCCAUGACUCUGAUUCGAACAUGGGUGCCGAUGAAAUUGUGCGGCUCUAUGAGAUUGUUCUAUCGGAACUCACUUUGAAUUCGAAGCCUAUCAUUACCGAUCUGACGAUGAUUGCUGGACAGCAGAGAGCGCAUGGCAAGGGCAUAGCUAAUGCUAUUUGCGAUCGGAUCAUUGAGUGUUGCAGAACUAAGUUCAUUCUGAAAUCAGGGUUCCUGGCCAUUGAGCAACUGAUGGUUGUGAAUUGUUGGUCGACUGCUAAUGUGAUAGUUAAUGCUGCAAAUCUGAACGUUCCAGUUGAGCAAAAAUUACCUAAGUUGUAUCUUUUGGAUAGUAUAGUGAAGAACGUAGGCAGGGAUUAUGUUAGACACUUCUCUGCACGCUUGCCUGAGGUUUUCUGCGAGGCCUACAUGCAAGUCCACCAUAGCAUGCGUCCUGCUAUGCAUCACCUUUUUGGUACCUGGUCGACAGUUUUUCCAUCAUCUGUACUUCGCAUGAUUGAGGUGCAGUUGCAAUUUUCCCCUGGUGUAAAUAGUCAACCGCCUGGUUUGACACCAUUGAAAGCUUCAGAAUCUCCGCGCCCAACACAUGGCAUACACGUAAAUCCUGAAUAUUUGGAAGCACAGCAUCAGUUUGGACAUUCUACUGUAGAUACAGUUGGAGCCAAAGGUUUAAGCACAUCUACUCUGGCACGCACAGGCCAUACAACUUCACCAUCACCCCCAUCAAUUGAUGAAUUUGGUUUGGACAGUUAUCGAGGGGCUGCUGAAACAGACUCGCCAUCUAAUUCUAGAUUUGAAUAUAGGCUUAACAGAGUGAUGGGCCAAGAGGAGGAGACAAAUAAAUUGCGAGCAAGAAAUUGGCAUGGCGAAGCUGAUCAACAUCUUAAAAAUUCUGCUGCUUUACUUAAUAAUGGAGUUGAUCUUCAAGGACCUAGAGCUUUGAUUGAUGCUUAUGGAGUUGAUCACAGGGACAAAAAUUUGAACCUUAAACAUCCAAAGGUUGAACAAAUGGGUAUAAAUGAUUUUGACCAAAAGACAGCUUCCAGGACAUGGCAAAAUACUGAAGAGAAGGAAUUUGAUGGGGAUGAUAUGAGCCCAAAUUUAGCACACCAGGGCAAGGACAGUUUUGCUGCACAACGCUCUGCACCUUUGGUGACUGAUUUCAGAAGCAUCUUGUUUAAGGAUCAAUUUUCUUCCACUACUGAUUCUUCCAUUGUUGAGGGUGUUCCCUCGUUCAGUUCUGGCCGUGGAGGAAUUAGUAAGAUUACUGGUUCACACAGUGCCUCAAAUCGGAUAGCUGCUUCUACUUAUACCCGAGAAUCAUGGAAUUUACCACAUCGGCAGUUGCAACAUUAUUUGAAUGCCAAAGAAGGUAGUUCACAUUCAGGAAUUGGAGUCUUUUCGGAAGCUGAUGAGCAAAAGCCUCCUACAAUUGGAAAUUUCUCAAGUGUAGAUGGACGAUUUUUUGGGUCCCACCCUAAUGUUGACUCUUUAGCUCCUGAGAAUCGAUCAACCAAUUCACCAGCUUUAACAAAAGCAUGGUAUCAUGCAAGGUUACACAAUUCACACCCAUCACCUUCCCUUUCUGCUCUUCCUCCAGAAUUCCACAUCAGGGGUCAAUUUCCUAUUAUGAAUGCCGGCAAUGUUAUUAUCAACAAGUCAAAUCAAUAUGAGCAGCAUCUGGACAAUACUGGCAUGUCAAUAAGCAAUAUGCCUCGAGCUCCUAGUCAGCUCUUCCGACCAGUAGUUCAUCCACAUCUACUACCACCUCGAAAUCAUGGAUACGCUGCACAAGGACGUGGUCCCCCUAUUGGUAUAUCCUUGUCUAAUCUAGUUCCGGUUGCUAAAUCAUCUUUGCCAAUCUUCAAUACCCUGAACACGUCAUUACAUUUACCAGGGACAACCAUUCCGUCUUUACCCAGGGGACCACCACCUGGCACCACUCAAUCAAUACCCCCUGGAAAUAUAGGUCAAAUGGCCCCUAACCCUCCAGCACAGGGUGCAAUUUCGGGUUUAAUUAGUUCUCUUGUAGCACAAGGUUUGAUAUCAUUAACAAAACAGGAUUCUGCGGGAGUGGAGUUUGAUCAAGACCUUCUUAAGUUGCGUCAUGAGUCUGUAAUAACUGCUCUAUACACUGAUCUUCCUAGACAAUGCAAAUCAUGUGGCCUUCGAUUCAAAAGCCAAGAAGAGCAUGGCAAACAUAUGGAUUGGCAUGUCAACAAGAACCGGACUUUAAAAACCCGUAAGCUGAAGUCUUCUCCCAAGUGGUUUAUGAGUAUAAAUAUGUGGCUCAGUGGGGCUGAGGCAGUGGGAACUGAAGCAGUUCCAGGGUUUUUUCCUGCUGAUAAUGAUGUGGAAAAGAAAGAAGAUGAAGAAAUGGCUGUUCCUGCUGAUGAGGAUCAGAAUAUUUGCGCAUUGUGCGGAGAGCCUUUUGACGAUUUUUACAGUGAUGAGAUGGACGAAUGGAUGUAUAGGGGGGCUGUAUACAUGAAUGCAUAUGCUGGAUCAACCUCAGCGAUGGACAGGUCACAGUUAGGUCCUAUAGUACAUGCUAAAUGCAGGUCUGAGUCUCAUGUGAUUACAACUGAAGAUUUUACGAAAGAUGAAGUGGAAUCAACUGAAGAGGGUCGUCAAAGGAAAAGGAUGCGAUGCUAG